CUCAUUAGAUGACGCCUGCGCCUGCUAAUUUCCUUGAAAUUGACGUGCUCAAUCCAAUUACGCAUGGAGUAGCCCGAAAACGUUAUACUGAUUAUGAAGUUCGUUUACGGACAAACUUACCUGUUUUCAAGUCAAAGGAAUCCAGUGUCAGGAGGCGAUACAGUGAUUUUGAAUGGCUUAGGAAUGAGUUGGAAAGGGACAGUAAAAUUGUUGUCCCUCCACUUCCUGGAAAGGCAUGGAAACGACAGCUUCCAUUGAGGGGUGAUGAUGGAAUUUAUGAUGAAGAAUUUAUUGAAGAUAGAAGAAAAGGCUUAGAAGUUUUCAUUAAUAAGGUUGCUGGACAUCCACUGGCUCAGAAUGAACGCUGCCUUCAUAUGUUUCUUCAAGAUUCACAAAUUGACAAAAAUUAUGUUCCUGGAAAAAUUAGAAACACAUGAAAAUGCCAUGCCAUAAACAACUUGAGUUAUACUUUACAGUGUCCUUCAAUUCAUGCAGUCAUGUUUUGUCUUCUUUUCAGUGGGACUAUGUUUAUUUCCUUUUAUCUUCCUUCAAUCUUUGAAAGUUCAAAAUACUAAUAUAAACAUUACACUUAGUUCUGUUGUAAAUCUCUUUAACUUUAUUAUAUUUUAAAAUGUUAAAUUAUUUAUAUAUAUUCAAAUGCAAUCAGUAUAAAAUACCAAUGUGUAAUGAAUGACUCUUGAAAUGUUUUCACAAGAAGCAUUCCCAUUUUCAUUUCAAAAUUAAAAUCAUUUAUUAACAAAAUUUUAAGCUUUUGAAUUGUUACACUAUUUACAUACCUUAAUCAGAUUUUUUAAAUGCAAUGUUGUUUCAUAUAUAUAUGCAUACAUUUAGUUUUGCCAUUCAAUCACAUUUUCUUAUAUUACGAAUGCAGAUUUUUUAAUGACUGUUUAUUGUUGAAAAUGAUCUUUGUACAUUUUUCUUAGGAUCAAUGAAGUUGUAAACUAAUAGAGAAUAAAUUUGACUUUUAAAUCUGCAUAUUUUUGCUGAGUUCAAUAAAGUGUAAACAUUCAUUAGCUGUU